AUGAUAGUCGAACACAUAAAAUGUGAGUGUAUAAAAUAUAGUUUACCAGAUGAGGAUUCUGAGCCUAUAAUUACGGCUUCAUCAAAUGUAGAUGAUCUACUAGUAGCUGUUAUAAAUAAUAAAAAGAACGUACUUCUAUAUAAAAUAGUAAAUAAAGAAUUGAUUUAUUGCGAAACUUUUUAUAUUGGGAAUAGUAACAAAAUUAUUGGGUUUGAAUGGUCUAAAAAAAAUGAGUUACUUAUAAUUACUAUUGAUAUGAAAUGUAUCAUAUAUAUAAGAGAUGAAAAAGGAAUAUGGUCAUACAAUAAUGUAAAUAUACCAACUGAAGAAUUACCUACAUGUGCAUGUUGGCAUCCGUAUGCACAUUCUUUUGCUAUAGGAUUUUCAUCCGGUGUUAUAUUUAUUUGUUCUAAAAAGAAUAAGCAAAAAUGGUCCAUAAAAAAACUUGUAAAUCAUACGGGAAGUAUUUUAUAUUUACAAUGGAAUUCUUCAGGACUUGUUUUGUCUACUAAUUCAGUAGAUUCAACAUCAUUGCUCAUUUGUACAUUAGAUUUAUGGGAAGAUAAUAUAGUUAAAAAGCAAAGUAUAAAGAUAUUUGAAAAAAUUAAAGAAUUUAUUACAGAAAAAAAUUUAAAAAAUUAUGAUAUAAUAAAUAAGGUUGAAUGUAAAGGGUAUAUUUUUAUUUAUGCUACUUUUUCUUUAUCAAAUGAAAAGGUUGCUAUGAUUGCUAAUAACUUUGAAAAUAAUUGUGAAAAACAACAAAUUAUAAUUUUUGAUUAUUUAAAAUCUCCUAUUAAAGUUCAUUUUAUUUCAUGGAUUGGGCAAACCCUACAUAAGUGCUUAUUCAUAGAUGAGGAUAAGCUAUUAGUUUAUGGAUAUGAAUUAUUUCCAAUUAUUAUAGAACGUUCAAAUGAUGAAUGGGUUAUAUCAAAAGUUGUUUUACCUGAAUUUACAAUUAAAAAUUUAACUGUUGAUUUUUUUUACGAUAAAAAAGAUAUUCAUGAUAUAGAAAAGGAAUAUAAUGAUAUGCAUGGAAAUAAAAUUAUUGGAGAAAUUGUUGCUCAUUCAAAUCAAAUUUUACAAAUAUCUAUGUUAGAAUCAUAUGAAUAUAAAAAAUACACACAAUUUAUAACGGUAUCAAGCGAUUUUAAUGUGAUCGUAUGGAGUUUUAUUUUAUGA